ACCAGUUUUAUCUAUCUGAUAAUUUAUGUGUCCACGUUUACAGAUAAAGAGUAUCUGCCACGUCACCUUCUUUUCAUUCUUCUGCAACGAGAAAGAAAUUUACACAAACGAAAACAACCUUGUCUUUCUUUUUCUCUUCUCUUCCCCUCUUAAGCUUCUCUCUUUGUUUACCGCGACCCAAACGCCUAAUUUUCUCGACGAAUUAUUUCAUUUUUGACCGAUUUUCUUCGAUGUUUAUGGCAGUUAAGUUGCAGCGUCAUUGCUUCGUACCCUCAAGGAGUUGAACACGGUAUCCCUGUUGUCUUUUUGUUUCAACAUUGGGUAUGAUGCGAUGCAAUAUUCUUGAAUGAGCUUAGAGUUUGACUUAAGAGUUAUGUAUUUGCAAAUUGCAGUUCUUCAAAUCCAUGCCUUUCUCGAAAUUCAAUUGGAACACGUGUUUCCUGUGAAAGGGUGGCUCACUUGGAUUACAUAUUAAGCAGUUGGGGUAAUUCAAGGAAAAGAUGCCUUUUGAGGCAUGCAUUUUUUAUGACUAACUACCGAAAUCUUAGUUAUAAAUUGGCUGCAUAUAGGAAAUCAAAAUGGGGCUAUAGUAAAACAAAAAGGUUGAGGCACCUCCUUCCCUUUGCAUCUGCAGAUGAUGGUGUAACUGUUAAUGGAAGUCCUACAGCAAGUAAGAAUACCAAUGUAGAUGAAAUGAGAGUCAAACUCAAUCAGUCAUUGCAAGGUGAAGAUUAUGGUGAUAGACUUGUUCAAUCUUUACACGAUGCAGCUAGAGUUUUUGAGUUAGCGAUUAAAGAACAAGCCUCUCUUUCAAAAUUAUCUUGGUUUUCAACAGCAUUUCUUGGUGUCGACAGGAAUGCCUGGGUGAAAACACUGUCUUACCAGGCUUCUGUAUAUUCUCUAUUGCAAGCAGCAUCUGAGAUUUCAUCCCGAGGUGAAGGAAGAGAUAAGGAUGUAAAUAUUUUUGUCCAGAAGAGUUUAUUGCGACAAUCUGCUCCCUUGGAGAGUUUAAUCAGGGAAAAGCUAUCUGCCAAGCAUCCUGCAGCGAAUGAAUGGUUUUGGUCUGAGCAAAUCCCGUUGGUUGUGGCGUCAUUUGUUAAUUAUUUUGAAGGGGAUGUACGCUUUACUGCUGCGACUUCUGUAUUGGGUAAAGGCAUGUCCUCGGAUUCAGACAAUGAAAGAGAUAUUGCACUCCUCUUGCUUUCACUGAGUUGCAUUGCUGCAAUCACGAAACUUGGCCCCACAAAAGUUUCCUGCCCUCAAUUCUUCUCCAUGAUCUCAGAUAUAACUGGCAGAUUGAUGGAAAUGCUGGUUGAUUUCAUUCCUAUACCCGAAGCUUAUCACUACAUAAAGGAUAUCGGCCUACGCAGAGAAUUUCUUGUCCAUUUUGGUCCCCGAGCUGCUGCAUGCAGAGUGAAAAAUGAUUGUAGUUCAGAAGAGGUAGUUUUCUGGGUUAAUCUUAUACAGAAGCAAUUGCAGCGAGCUAUUGAUAGGGAGAGAAUAUGGUCAAGACUAACAACAUCUGAAAGCAUUGAGGUUUUGGAGAAGGAUUUGGCUAUAUUUGGGUUUUUUAUUGCCUUAGGAAGAAGUUCAAGAUCCUUUUUAUCUGCAAAUGGAUUUGAUAUUAUAGAUGAUCCUAUUGAAGGCUUCAUUAGGUAUCUUAUUGGGGGUAGUGUGCUGUACUAUCCUCAGCUUUCAUCGAUAAGUUCAUAUCAAUUGUAUGUAGAGGUAGUCUGCGAAGAGCUGGACUGGCUUCCUUUCUAUCCAGGCAAUGUUAGCACUGUUAAACAGUCGCAUGCCCAUCGAAAAAAAUGGGAAGUUCCUCCAAAUGCUGAAGCUGUCCCUCUCAUAUUAGAUGUCUGCUCUUAUUGGAUCCAGAGCUUUAUUAAAUACAGUAAAUGGUUGGAGAACCCUUCCAAUGUUAAGGCAGCGAGGUUCUUGUCCAAGGGGCACAACAAAUUAAUGGGAUGCGUGGAGGAACUGGGAAUAUCACGGAAAAUGACAGAAAGUAAUAACAACAAUUCUGCAGAGAGAAUUGGAUCUGUGAUAUAUUCGCCAAUAGAUAAAGAGAUGGAUUCUUUUGACAAGGCAUUGGAGAGUGUUGAAAUAGCUUUGAUAAGACUAGAAAAACUGCUUCAAGAAUUGCAUGUGUCAAGCUCUAACUCUGGAAAAGAGCAAUUAAAAGCUGCUUGUUCUGAUCUUGAGAAAAUAAGAAAACUUAAAAAAGAGGCUGAAUUUCUGGAGGCAUCUUUUAGAGCAAAAGCAGCUACUCUUCAGCAGGGAGAUGAUGAAAGUAAUUUGCAGUAUUCUGUUAGUGAGCAGCAGCAGCAGUACUUACAAGGGAAAAGGAGCAAGAAUGCCAAGAUGAGAUCAGAUAGGAGCAACAGUAAAUCACGAGGACUAUGGAACUUCUCUGUACGCUUUCCAACCAAGAAGCCUGAUCCUGAGUCAGCACUGACAGAUGGAACUGGAGAUGAACAUAUUGAGCAAAGUACCUCAGAUGAAGGCAUUGCAGAGACGGGAUCAAAUGAAAUUCUCCGUUUUGAACUUUUAAGGAAUGAGCUAAUAGAACUAGAAAAACGGGUUCAAAGAAGUACUGAUCAGUCUGAAAAUGUAAAGGAUACCAAAGAAACUGAUGGCACUGACAAUUUCAAUGAAGAUGCUGGAAGCGGUCAACUGAUCCAAGUACAAAAGAAAGACAAUAUCAUUGAAAAAUCAUUUGACAAGUUAAAAGAAACAAGCACGGAUGUCUUACAAGGAACUCAGCUUCUAGCUAUUGAUGUUGCUGCUGCAUUGGGAUUGCUUAGGAGGGUCUUAAUUGGAGAUGAGUUAGCAGAGAAAGAGAAAAAGGCUCUCCGGAGAACGCUGACUGACUUGGCAUCAGUUGUUCCUAUUGGUAUUCUAAUGCUUCUUCCAGUUACUGCAGUUGGGCAUGCGGCAAUGUUGGCUGCCAUUCAGCGAUAUGUACCAUCUUUGAUACCUUCUACAUAUGGACCAGAAAGGCUGGAGCUCCUGAGGCAACUUGAGAAAAUGAAGGAAAUAGAAAGCAGCGAAACCGAUGGCAAUGAGAAUGAAAAGGAAUUGGCCUAGUUAGAAGCAGCCAGAUUAUACACAGACGUGUGCAUUUUCCUCUUGUUUUUUCGGCCAGGCAGGCACCAGUGGCUGCAGUCUUGUGGAGCGGGAAGCGGAGUUCCUGGUUCACGAUGAACUGAAGGAUGGCCGUCAAACCUGAACUGUGUCAGAUAUGUUAUGUUCAAGUACUGAAUUUUGCUCUUUCUGUAUUCCAAUUCCAUUUGUUUAAUCAUACUGGAAAUCAAUUGAUUGUUCACUGGCUCAGGCUCUAAAUUCAUAUCGUUUGUCUCUGGUUGCAUAUCCA